AUAGUGGUAUUCGUGUGAUAUAUGUAGGACACAAGUGUUUUGGGAUGUUUUUCACGCAGGGCAUUCAUAUCGUUACCAUGGAGUUGGGACAUCUUAUCCUGAUAUGUGCAAGUAUCCUCUUGGUAGGUGUUCAUGGGCAGACCACUGAGCUCUACCAGACGACGGAAGAUACGACGACACUUUUCGAAACAACGGCUGAGGCGGCAGCGACCGAAUUCCAGACAACGAUCGAAACCACCACCGAUGACACGACUGACCCUGUAGUUACCGAAUCGGCGGCAGAUAUCGACGAGUGUACCACUUUCCAAUUGGAGAACAGACACAACUGUGACGACUUGGCAACUUGCUCCAAUCUCGAUGGUUCCUACACGUGUACCUGCAAUUCUGGUUACUCAGGCAACGGACUGGAUGGACAAUGUCAAAACAUCGACGAGUGUGUGAAUGGCACUGAUUCAUGUGACACCAAUGCGGCCUGCACGGAUACUGCCGGAUCCUACACGUGCACAUGCGAUGCAGGAUACACUGGGAAUGGGAUGACGUGUGCCGAUGCUGACGAGUGUUUUGUCAAGUCCGAUAACUGCACAGACAAUGAGAAAUGCAUCAACAAUGUUGGCGGAUUCACGUGCGGCUGCCAGACAAACUUCUUCCGGGUUGACGGGGUCUGCACAGGAUCGGUUUCGCUUAAUCUGGUGGUAGUCUUCUCCCAGAUCCUGGGCAUGUCAGCCGUCGAUAACCUGACCGCAGUGGACACGGCAGCGAACCGCAUUGAACUGGCAGAUGACGUGUUUUCAGUCCUCAACUCGUCCUCCACUGUCGGUCCCGACCUGUUGGGUGUAGCAAUCACCGACAUGACAAAUGUCACCAACGGAACCUCUGUCACCUUCCUGGUGGAUCUUGACGCCGCCACGACCCUGACUGAAGCUCAAGUGUCGCAGGCGUUCGUCGACGGACUCACGGGCGCGGCGAAUGACACCGUGGCACCGGAUAGCUUGAUCGAGAGUGGAUCGACGCCGACUGUGGCAGUGCCUGAUAUCAACCCAUGCGAGGAGGGAACGGACAAUUGUUACGCCCUCAACUACCAGCAGUGCGUCUACGAAAGCAGCAACGUGUUCAGCUGUAUGACGUGUUUGUCGGGUUAUGCGGCGCCCUCUGUUGUCGGCGAGGCCUGCACGGAAAUCUUUCCCUGUGACAACAGCACCGUGUCCCAAGCGUGUGCCGAUCAAGGCUUUGUGGACUGUGUACACGACGGGCCCGGCGAGUCACACUGCGAAAACUGUCUGCCUGGCUGGACGAUGGUGGGAAGCCAGUGCGAAAGGCUGCAGAAAUUCCAAGGCAGCGCCAGGCUUGAAGACUACGGUGGCAUGACGGCGGAGUUUACAGAGGAUCUGACCAACAGUUCAUCAUCGGCCUACAUUGCACUGGCAGACGAUAUCUGCACCUUCCUGACAGCGGCCACCGGUUCGUCCAUCUGUCAGAUUCUAGGUUUCAGUAAUGGCAGCAUUAUCAUCGACUACAUCUUGCUCUUCCCUGAGGCGGACAACUCCACCGCAUCAGACCUGUCUGCCUCUAUCCUCAGUGCUGACACCGCUACGGGCUCCCUGGCGCUGACUCCAAGCUCUGUUAGUUUAGUCGACAUCAGCGCCUUCUGUGAGUUCAGUUCCUGUUUGAAUGGUGCCACCUGUUCUAUUGAUAGCAACCAGAUAGUAUGCGCGUGCACAACAGGUUACACAGGGAGCGACUGUGGCACAGCUGUGACAACCCCUGAAGUCGUCACGCCGAUCGCCGUGACCGCCGCACCCGACGGCCUCAGUACCGGAGCGAUCGUCGGUAUCGCGGUGGGCUGUGUGGUCGCUGCCAUAAUCAUCGUGGUCGUUCUGGUAGUAGUAAUCAUGAAAUGCACCGGCAAGUCUAAAGUUGGCAUUCGGGAACAGGAACCAGACGAAAUACCACUCGCUGAUCAACAUCAACACUGAUGGGGUGUUGCACAUGGUUUUAACUUCAUUCCCUGGUAGCCGGACACGGGGUUGGCACCAGCGAAGAUUCUGUUGGUUUUGCAUUCCUGUAAAGCAUCUCCUGCUCAUCUUGAGUGUUUUGAAAUGAAUAUGAACGCAUUGAGGUGCUCUAAAGAACCCUGUGACUCCGUAUGCUGUAUAUUGUGUUUUAUUUUUUUUUUCCAUAUUUUGUUUUCAUGUAAAAGGCUAGCAUGGAGUUUGCCUUUGUUGUGUUGGAUAUUCGUUGUAAUUAACUUGUAAAUAAUUCUUUCUUUUUUUAAAUGCAUGAGAGAAACAUAUUUUAUAAAGGGUGCAAUAUUGAAAUUAUGAAUAUCGCACCAUUUUAAACAAUAUUGUUCUCUCAUUCAUAAUUCAGAGUUUGUCAUAAUACAGAAAAGGGAUAAACACCUUUUUUAUUUGCAUGUAUAUAUUGAUGUAAGUAUAUUUUUUUUUAAGGACGGAAGGGGAUUUUAUCUUCUUUUUUAUUUAAAGUUUUACACAGGUUUUGAAGAUUUGAACUUACUCUUUAAAGUGAUGGAUUGUUACUACGUGUACUGAAAUACGAAACCUUACGCUUGCUAACAUGCAUUUCGCAUCCAAAAGAAAAGACCACAAUUUCACCAUUUUGGGUUAUUAAUGAAUUUAUGUAUACGCAGUAAUUGUUACAUUGAAGCAGCUGAACUGCAGCUUUUGGUAAAAAUAAAUCAACAAUGCACUGUACAUGUAUUUUUAUCUUUGAUUUUCGUUAAAGUGAAUCAAAAAUAUUACUCUUUUUUUAAACAAUGGAUUCUUGUACAAUGUAAAUAAAAGGUUGUGUGCAUUUUAACAUCUAGUGGUUUAGAUAAUUGGAAACUUUGCAGUCCUGUUUUAAAUAAUUCAUGGUGUGAAGUUUAAUAAAGCUUAAAUGAUAAAUUGUUUUGAAAAAAAGUCAUUGAUUAGUGCUAUCAAUUUGACAAGUUUAAACUUCACAAGUUUAUUGAAUAUUUGUAUAACUUGACUUGAUCAAUAAAUGAGAACAUAAAUCUAUGUGGUUUCAAA